UGCGUGCGGCCUUUGCUCCGCUCUCCGCCCGCCUUCCCCCUCCUUCCUGCUUUUUUUUUCCUGCCCCCCCUCAGAAGCUCUCGCGGCGCCGUCGCGCUCCCGGCGUUUCGCGGCCUUCCCCCUUUUUUCCCGGCGGCGGCGGCGGCGGCGGCGGAGCGGCCUUCCCCGGCGCGGACAUGGCGAACGUGGCCGACACCAAGCUCUACGACAUCCUCGGGGUGCCGCCGGGGGUCUCCGACAACGAGCUGAAGAAGGCAUAUCGUAAGCUUGCCAAAGAAUACCACCCGGAUAAGAAUCCAAACGCAGGUGACAAGUUCAAGGAAAUCAGCUUUGCCUACGAAGUCCUCUCGAACCCAGAGAAACGUGAAUUAUACGACCGAUAUGGAGAACAAGGCCUCCGGGAAGGUAGUGGUGGAAGCGGCGGAAUGGACGAUAUAUUCUCCCACAUAUUUGGUGGGGGCCUUUUCGGUUUCAUGGGUAAUCAGAGUAGAAGUCGUAAUGGAAGACGGCGAGGCGAAGAUAUGAUGCACCCACUUAAAGUUUCUUUAGAAGAUCUAUAUAAUGGGAAAACUACCAAACUACAACUUAGCAAGAAUGUCCUUUGUAGUUCAUGUAAUGGUCAAGGGGGUAAAUCUGGAGCAGUUCAGAAGUGUGCAGCUUGCCGAGGCCGAGGCAUGCGAAUUAUGAUCAGGCAGCUGGCUCCUGGAAUGGUUCAGCAAAUGCAGUCGGUCUGUUCCGAUUGCAAUGGAGAAGGAGAAGUAAUCAACGAAAAAGACCGCUGUAAAAAAUGUGAAGGGAAGAAGGUGAUAAAAGAAGUAAAGAUCCUUGAAGUCCAUGUAGACAAAGGCAUGAAGCAUGGGCAGAGAAUCACCUUUACCGGAGAAGCUGAUCAAGCCCCCGGCGUGGAGCCAGGAGACAUUGUUCUUCUGCUCCAAGAAAAGGAGCACGAGAUGUUCCAGAGAGAUGGAAACGAUCUGCACAUGACGCACAAGAUCGGACUUGUUGAAGCCCUGUGUGGCUUUCAGUUCACAUUUAAGCACCUUGACGCACGUCAGAUUGUGGUGAAAUAUCCUCCAGGAAAAGUAAUUGAGCCAGGCUCGGUCCGGGUAGUUCGAGGGGAGGGAAUGCCACAGUAUCGCAACCCUUUUGAAAAGGGCGAUCUUUAUAUAAAGUUUGAUGUGCAGUUUCCUGAAAACAACUGGAUUAGCCCAGAAAAGCUUACAGAACUUGAAGAUCUUCUGCCCUCCAGACCAGAAGUUCCCAACAUAAUUAGCGAAGCGGAAGAAGUAGACCUUCAAGAAUUUGACACCACUCGUGGGUCAAGCGGUGGGCAGAGGCGCGAGGCGUACAAUGAUAGUUCCGAUGAGGAAAGUGGCCAUCAUGGACCGGGGGUGCAGUGUGCCCAUCAGUAAAAAAAAAAUAUUAAAAAAUUGUCCGGGGCGGGGUAAGGGAAGUUACACAUGGAUUUUUCUCUCUUCAAAAUUUUGCCUGACUUGUUCUCAGCAACACAGUUGGAUUGUCUAAACAAUGCACAUGAGCCCAAUGGACAUAUGUUGCUGUAUGUGUAACUUUUAAAAUUGGUCCAUAGUAUCUACAGAAGUGUAUAAUUUAAACUAACCACACACACACACACACACACACACAGAGCUUACAUCUUUUUUUUUUUCUCUCGACUGACUGUUCUGUAGCAGAAUAAAGGCACUUGAAAGGAAGGCGAGACUAUCUCCUGUUCAUCUGGAUUAAGUUCCGGUCCUUGUACUUGUGCUUGAUUUUUACCAGUUUUUUGUGUAGAUUUUAAGUUCUCUCUAUUUUAAAUUCAAAAUUUACAUUGUAAAGUUUUGUGUAAAAAUUUUGUCCCGAGGCUUGGUUAUUUGGCUGCAUCUGCAUAAGCUGCUACAAAUAGAAUAAAGAAAUUCAUAGCCUGUAUCUAUCACUUUUAGAUGCAUGGUAAGUAAAUUGGGUUUCGGCACACGGGAAUAGAAGCUGAUGGGGAAAACCAUGGAAGAUUUAAAAGGAAAAAGGAAAAAAAAAGUGGUUGUAAGAGUUUUUUUACCAUCUUGUGAAAAAAAAAAAGGUUUCUGAAACUUAAUAAAAACCAUUGGUGUAUGAUGA